GAUGUUCUAAUCAAACCAAAAGUCUCAAUUAGACAAUAAAUUCCUUCGAAAAAACGUUUCAUUUAUGUAGAGGAACGUAUUUAUCAUAUUGAUACGCUUAUUUUGAAGGUAUCACCCAUUCUAACAAGAUGUCAGCUAAAUGUCUUUCGUUUGGCCCUGCCAAUGCACACAUCUUACAAAGCAAAGGGCCAGAUUCAGACCUGCAUAAAUUUUACAUCACAGAAUAUUCCACCAAUUAUGCCCACGAAGGGUACAUCCCACGUGUUGGGAAACAUCAAGGGACUGGGUACAAGUCAAAUUUCCGUCCCGGGGUAUACUACAGCAGACGCCUGGAUGAGCUUGACAAUCCAGCAAUGGGGCGACUAGUUGCUGACAACUAUGCAUCAGUAACAACAAAACAUUUCCUGCCUGUUUGUGGCUCAAAUGGUAGAGAUCCAUUUGCAAGAGAGAUGGUGAUGCGCUCAUCUGGAUUUAUAAAAGAAGUACCGGUGACCAUUCCAAGAUCACAUGAGGUUUCAAGUGUGUUUGUGAAUAAAUCAUACCCUAAACAAGUUCCAUAUCUACAAAAAAUUCAGCCAAAAGAUCCAAUAUCUCUAGAAAACCUUGGACAUGGUCCAAGAUAUAUGUCAACAGAGACUCACUCAAGAUACCAUGCAAUGCCUAAUAUGCACAUAAACACAUCAGGAAAGACACUUGGAAGAAAAGAAGGUUCUGGAUUUACGCAUGCGUACAACGACGAACCAAUCACACAUCGUCCAAAAGAUGCUCAUGACACCACAUAUCAACUCGUUUCGUUGUCACGACCAACGGGAAUGAGUGUUAUGAAGACGUCAUUUUUACCUUCUGUGUUCUGUGAUGGUAAAGAAAGAUUGCCAGUAUUGCCUCGCAAUGCUGAACGCGCCACUGGAUUUACGAGAGAAGCUAUGGGCAAGCCUGCUUUUUAUAUACCGAAUAAAGAAAAGAUUUUUACGGAAUUGAAUGAUGUCCCACCUUUGGUGCAGGAUCGCAUACGAAAGGGGCAUCCAACUGAAUACUUGAAUUUGACAAAUCCAAAUAACAAAUCCAGUAUCACAAGUAAAACCUUCACAGGCCUGCAGCAGAACCACCCAAGCUUGGCACAACGUCUUGGCAACAGUACAAUUGGAAACAAGGAGCUAACAGGCUUCACAGAAAAUAACUGCCAAUAUUUUGAACAUUUUGAAACUCCAGCGACGCUGAGUCGCUUCAAGACACAUUAUGAUGUCCAGUUCCAAGACAGGAAUCCAACAGGCGAUGCUCGGUUUGGUCGGACCGAUGGUCACGUCAUGUCAUUGCCAUUGGAUGGCUUCACAAAAUCAACCAAGGUGAAUGACUUUGGCCCGGAGCUUAAUACGACAGAACGAAUACAGGAUUUGGAACCAUAUGUCGCCAGAAGUAUCAAAGCACGUGAUCCACUGUUUGAUGACCACACCCACGAUGCAAAACGUCAUGUGACCAAGUAAAUGCACACGUGAUCAAGUAUCAAUGGCAGCAAGUUAAAGAAAUGAGCAAUUGACGAUAGAAAAGUGAAGAACUGAACAUAGUAUAUAUGCCAUAACAUAGUAUAUAGAGAAAACAACUGAACGAUAGUAAUAAGAUCUUCAAUUUUUUUGUGUGAAAUUUUAUUUCAAAAUUGCGCUAAAAUCAGUUUCUAUAUAAUUGUGGCUAUAAUGACUAAGUAAUAGUGUGAUGUAUACAUGCAUAUAAGCCAGCUGGGGAGUAUUAGUAAAGGUAUAAAUGACAUACGAAUCGGUUAUAUAGCUUAAACUAGUCAUACAUUCCGAGAGACAGGAACGGUAGCCAAUAGACUUUCCCGGCAUGUAACAACUAAACAAAGUCGCGCUCUUAUCAAACAUUUCGCCAUAUAAAUGAAUAUUUGCUUACGCUUAGUUUCAUUUGAUCAUUAUGACCGAACUUAAGAAAGACAACGCAAUGAAAUUGAAGUUACAGAGGAAAGCAGAGCGAGAAUCCUUUUUGCUCUUACGCUAUAAAUAAAUGUCCUUUCGCAUCUACCCUUGCGGCUUGCCUCGUGAUCCAUGCAGGCUUCCUCUCUCCAGACUUCUGCUAGUCAGUUCACAUCCCAAGUUAUGAUUAACAUCCUACUGUGUCUUGGCCCGCAAUGUUUACACACUUAAUCUGUCUUGGCCAACGGAUUAAUAAACGAUACUUAACUGACUGACAGCACGUUGAUUUUAUAAGCCUAUAACCUAUGAAAGCCAUUCCAGCCGGUCAAAAACCGGACUUCACUAUAUAUAUAGAAAAAAAAAUAAAAACUAGCAUUUUAGAGUGUUGCAAGAACUUUUCAUUCCUAUAGCCAGGCCACUUGGUAGUUAUAUAGACGAUGUAUUUUCUGACAAUACUUAACGACAUAUAAGACUUUAUGGAAACCAAGCAUUAGAGAGAUAGGUCACGGACGGUAUGUCAAUAACUGACAUGCAUGCAGAUUAGCGGCUUACUGCAAACAUCAUACAUUAAUUUUGGUAAGACAUUUGAAUAGCUAGUUUUCAUUUGAUAAGCAAAUUGAGCGAAGCAUCAAUAAAUUAACUUGAAGCCAGAGGCUAAAAUCGAAGACAAGGAAGGAAACUAAGCUUCCAGAAAUAAAAUGGACCAGUCUCAGAAAAAGAGUGAAGAAAAAGUAAAGAUUUCUCGUGAUGGAACCACGAUAUUCAACGAACUAAAGAGAAGGUGCAUACGUUUGCAGGCGGAGAAUUUAAAAUUAAAGACUCAACUUGAGAAACAAGAGGAGUAUCACAGAAAAAAAAAUCACCAAGCUCAACAAGAAAAUAAAAUGCAAAUGGAGAGUUAUCGUAACGAGAAGAUGUUCUAUGAAUUUCGUAUGCUAAGCUUACAAAAGGAAAACCAGAAAUUAAAGGCUAAACUUAGGAGUUACACGGUAAAUGGUUUGCUGGUUGCGGAUGGUCCCGUGACACCACAACAUGCGCCGAAACUUAUUCUGCAAUUACACCCAUUUACACUCUCAUUCAUUUUGUGCUGCCUAAAAACUAUAGCAAAUUACUAGUGUUGGAAAUAUAUAUGCACGUCUAAGGAUUAGAACAUGUUAGUCAAUUAAUCGACUGUUAACCGUGAUAAUUAUCGUAAGGUAGAAGCGUUUCAUUACUUUCAUACUGCGCAGUUCCUGCUAACUCCAGUGUCCUAAGCUACAAUGGCUGUAGUCAGUUGAUUAACAUGCAAUUAAAAAUAUUAUACUUAUACUUGGCAAGCAGCAAAAAUUUGUUUCGUUAUUUAAGCUUAUAGUCAAUAUAGACAUCAGUAAUUUAAUGCUAUUUAUUAACAUCUCAACGGAAUUAGGUGUAAUUCUUCUGCACGAGUAAUCCCCAUGGCAAUCCCAAUAUUGCCUUGUUGGCAGUUUAACUUCUUUUUUAAUUAACUUCCCUUUGUUCAGGUAUGUUUCAGGUAUUUAUGGAAUAGAAUGCGGUAAUCGUGACCAAAUAUUUAGGAUUUUAAGAUAAAUAUUCGUUCGAAGUUGCGUCUCUCUCUCCACAACAUGACCGGAGAUUCCUGAAAUAUUCCAGGUAUAAUUAUGAUAAAGAAAUUCUCCACAAAUAUGACGUCAUUACCGUUGUUAUGGUAACAAUGGUGAUUCAAUAUGACCGACAUUUUACCUACUACGCCAGUGAACGCAAAAACAAGCUCAUUUUUUAUUCAUAAGAUAUUUUUUUAAAAAUAAAAAGUGAUUUUUCCUGAUAAAUUCUUUGUCAGCUCGACAGAAUUUUUUAAAACUUGUUCAAAUUUUCCAUUUAGUGCAAACAUUUAGCAUGUGUAAGAAAUAUCAAGCUAUAUAUAGAGGAAACCAUAUAUAAGCAUAGUUUUAAUUUAUUUUACUGUGCUUUUAUGCCUUGUUGCGUCUUUCAAACUUCGGUAACGUUGUAAACGUUCUGGAUUUUAGAAACUUGUCUACUUUAAUUCAAAUAUCUGAACUCUUGUAAUGCGUUGAUGAACCGGCGUCUUUAUACGCCGUCUUGUCUAGGGUCGACUUUAGAAGUAAUUAGGCUUACUCGGUGUCGGGCAAACAAACACAUGCAUUCUAUGGACUGAUAUGGUCAAAGUAAAGAAAAUUUAAAUAAUUAGUAAAGCAUCGAAACCAACUAUCGAACAACACAAAACAGGGGAUAAAAAAGCCAACUAUGAAAAGUCAACUAAGAAACAACAAUGUUUUAUCUAUAACACCAAGAACUCAGACCUUUUCAAUUUUAGUUCGACCGACAUUCCGAAUAAAGAUCUUCCAUCGUCACGUGGUGUAUUCCGGCACGAAAGGGUCAUAGUUGAUUGUGCUGCAAUGGGGGAUCCUGUCCCGAGCGUCACGUGGACAGAACCUGGCCAGAGACAUUAUGUCACGAAAGAACAACGUGCUGAAUUGAUUAUAGGUUCAUUUGACUUUUCUCAUGAAGGAAACUAUACAUGCACUGCGCAGAACACCUUAGGCAGCCAAGUAACAGCUAUACUAUAAAACUAUGUGAGUGAGCUAGGCCAUGCAUCUUGGCUUUUAGCCUUUUUUACAUUUUCGGAAAAUUC